AUGGAAAACAAAGUGUUGGAGUCAUUGGAGUCAACAUUCGUUAUAAUUCUCGACAAAAUCUCAAUCGACACGUCAAACAAGGGUUUACUGGACGUGAGGGACAGACUCAAGAAGAUCUUCAGUUAUAAUGUCGGACACGGGAAGGGUAUCCGAGCCCUGUUUGUGGUGAAGACAUUCAUACUAUUAGCCAAACACAAUGGCAUUGAGACCACCAAAGAGGACAUAGAAUUGGCACAAAUUCUUGGGGCAAGCGUUGAGAUAAUGCAUGCGUUUGCACUCAUUUGUGAUGACAUCAUGGAUGAGUCCAGCACCAGACGGGGUCGACCAUGCUGGUAUAAGCAGGAUGAUGUUGGCCUUCAAGCCCUAAACGAUGGCAUAAUUCUGAUGAAUGAGUCCUUCCAUACAUUAAAGCUGUUCCUCGGACACAAGAAGUCGUAUCCGAUUAUUAUGGAGACAGUCCACGAGAUGAUGAGGUAUACCACAUAUGGACAGCACAUGGAUAUGGCCUCCAAUUCCAACAACACUGGCCCACGAUUUGACUUAUUCACGAAAAGCCGAUACGAGACAAUCGUUAAGUAUAAGACCUCUUACUAUACGUUUGUACUGCCCGUCCGAUUAGCCAUGUAUUUGUUUGGAAUGAAGUCCAAGUCGGCGCACCGGCAGGCAGAGGAACUCCUACUAAAAAUCGGAUACUUGUUUCAAAUGCAGGACGACUUUAUCGACUGUUUCGGUGACCCCAUAGUGACCGGCAAACAGGGCUCAGACAUCGCGGACGGCAAGUGCUGUUGGCCUGUCGUACGGGCACUGGAACUGUGCGAUGAGAGCCAACGGCGCCAUUUGGUGGCCAACUAUGGCAUCAAAUGCGAGCAAAACGUAUAUAAAUGCAAAGAAAUCUAUCGACAACUGAAUCUUAAGGAUGUAUACCUCAAAGAGGAGCUCACUAUUUAUGAGGAGAUCUGCGGUGAUCUCCAGAACCUCAAGAAUGGCAACAAAAUAAGUAAAGAAAUAUUUGAAUUUAUUUUAGAAAAAGUCUAUAAACGGAAGUAUUGA